AUGUUUGAAUUCUACACACCCCGAAAGAACAGCUCCAAAGUCGGCUUAGAGUUCGCUGCUGGUCCCUCCCCGCUGGGUCCCGUCAGCGUGUGUUGCUUCAGCCUUUCCUCCAUGUCCUCUGCCUUCCUCCUCCUGCUCUCAGCUGGUGCUCAGGGGCGAGUCGGCACAAGUCUCGCCCCAGGCCCCCGGCUCUCUCUGGCCUGUCUUGCGCGAUGCACGGGGCUGGAGCUGCGAGCAGGAGGCGGAGAGGAGGUGCUUUGUGUCCGCACGCUGAUGGAGGUGGGGCAGCACACUCUGGCGAAACAGCUCCCUCCGUGGUUUCACCUGCAGGGAGAGGCCGGGAUGCAGACCACAAACAGCUGUGGUGAGUGGUGA